UUUAAGGUCAAAAUCAUCACACCGAUGCAAACACAAUUAACAGAAACGAGUGAUAUUUUCAGUUUGUUAAAAGUGUUGGAUGAAUUAAAGCAUUUGAAAAGGACUGGGUGGACGAAAUUUAAUAUUCCGGAGCCGGAAACAGUAGCUUGUCAUAUGUAUCGUAUGGCAGUACUUGCAAUGCUAAUGAAUGGUGAUUGUGAUCGUGCUAAAUGUAUCAGGAUGACAUUGGUGCACGAUUUAGCUGAAGCUAUUGUGGGUGAUAUUACUCCACACUGCGGUAUUUCAGCUGGAGAGAAGCAUCAGUUAGAAGAUGAGGCUAUGAAGAAAAUUAUGGAGAUGGUACCAUUGACAGCUGGCGAAGACUGGUAUUCACUGUGGCAGGAAUAUGAAGGUAGUGAAACCAAAGAAGCUAAAAUUGUCAAACAUUUGGAUAAAUUCGAUAUGAUCGUUCAAGCUUUUCACUAUGAACAAAAAUACGGGGCAGAUUUGGAAGAAUUCUUCACAGCAACAAAAGAUUCAUUCACUAUGGAACCUUUUAUAUCAUGGAAUAAUGAGUUACGGAUGAAGCGAUCUUUAAAGAAAAACACAAAGCAAGAGAAUAAUUGAUGUAUUAUUGGUUUUUUGUCUUGUUGCAACGAC